AUGAGCACAGCGAGUCAAGAGGAAGACGUGUUGGUGAACGCACCAGAGAGGCCGCAGACUGACGCCAUCGAGGACGCAAGGGAUACGGUGAAACAUGGCGAAGAGGGCGGUGGCAGCAGCAGCACGUUUUGCAAUGGGCCGACGCCGCCUCAUCUAGAAGAGGCGAUGUGCAUGACGGCAGAGGCGUUGGCCGCGGCCGAGGCGCAGAGGGAGAAACUGCAUUUGCAUCAAGUGCGGCAGAGCGUCCUCGAGCAGGAGGUGGCGGCGCUGCGCUCGGGACUGAAGAACCUCGUCCAGGGACCGGGGCAGCACACCUCGCAGCAAGCAUAUGAGGUGGAAAUGAAACUGCGAACUGUAGAAGCCGCAGCGCAGGGGCACUGUGCGGCAGGGACGGAGGGGGAACUGCGGCCCCCUGAAGAGUCAUCUGAGGUGUUGUACCGCUCAAUCAGCAGCUGUGAUUCUCUUCUGCAGCUGCUGCAGGAGCGUGUGACUCGGCUUGAGAGCAGGCAGAAGGUGAUGGAGGGCCACGCCGACAAAGAGUUUAACGAGAAGAUGGAGAAGCACAUGAAGAGUAUCGCCGAAACGCAUGUGCGGCGUGUUCUCCGCGAAGAGCAACAAGAAGGGCCGAAUAAUGACACUGUGAACACAGCCACACAAGAGUCGACGGCUGCAACUGGGUCGCUGGAUACCCGCAGUCUUCGUGUGGAUAUCAACGAGCUUCGUCAGGACCUUCACAGCUGCAUUGUGGAGAUGGAGAAGGUGAUGGAUCAGCAGCAACGCCUGGUCGCCCGUCUGCACAGCUGCAUGAGCACCGUGCAGCGACACCAAACCGAAAUUGUGGGGCUCUCCGAGCAGCAGAAGAUGUCGAUUGGGUUCUACAUGGAGCGCCUUGAGACACAGCAGGCCACAGCGAUGGCGCGGCAGGAAAAGCAGCUGGCCGCCAAGCUUGAGUUGCUGCAGGAGAAGAUGGUGUUGGAGGUGAGACGCAUGCAUGAGCUUGAGGAGGACGUGAUAGUGCGUGCCGACCAGCAGCGACUGAGUGAGGUGACCGUGGCGCUAGAUCUGUUGCGGAACGAGCUGCGCAUUGCUGUUGAGAGGCAACGUGGGGAGAUGAAGUCGGCACUUGAGCAGAUUUCCGAGAUGGAACGCCGCGUGGAGCGAGAUGGGGUGUCACAGAUGGGGAGUGAGAUAGCGCGGCAAAUUGAAGCCGCGCAACAGGCGCAAGACGCUGCCACCAAUGCAACGCAGCGGUUGCUGCAGAGCACCCAAGAGGAUCUCCAACGCAUGCAGAAUGGUUUGAACGAUAACGCCGUGCUGAUGCAAGAGCAGAGCAGGCGGCUGCAAGAGUCGCUAGAAACUCGACUCACUGACGAGGCCCAUCGGCUCAAGGCAUUUACAAGUGACGCCACACUGCGACUGCAGCAGCAGGUUGAGGAGGAAGUGCAGCGCUUUAUGCAUAUCACAGAGCAGGAGUCCUUGGCGUCCAUGCAGCAGGAGAUUCAUCGUGUCAAUAUCGCUCUGCGGGCUUUGGAGGAGGAACAGUGGGCACUGCAUGGGAUGAUGCUUAACUUGUCGGUGCCCUCCAGAAUGAUUGCAAGUCUCGAUCAUCGCAUGAAUGUCCUGCAGGAAGAUGUUAGAAGUCUGUAUGCCAAGCUAGAGAAUAUCCAAAGCGCUGGAUCUCCCGCACUAUCGCAGCAGUUACUUGCCAAGCAGCAGCGAAUGCUUCAGGAGGACCUACUAGAGGUUAAGUCCAGGCUGCGUCGCUGCGAGAAAUGCUGCAGCGACAGCGAGGCAGCAUUACGUAACCAGGAGGCGAGUGUGUCGCAUUCCUUCCGCAGCAGUAAGUUUCCCCACAUUUCGGUGACGCAGCCGAUCACGCCGAAGCAGGAAUUGCUGACGACCUCGUCACGCAAACUGGGGCAAGCGGGCGACGUUGCCGCAGGAGUCACCCCGUAG